AAAAAGAAGCCACAAUCAGACGUGAGAGAGAGUUGGUGGAGAAAGAAGCCUCCCAACGAGUCAAGCUUCCACAUUUCCAAAUCUUACCAGUCAACAACUCUCAACUCCCCCACCAUCCAUCCUCUUUCCCCUUUUAAGAACCCUAAUCUCCCUUUCCUCUUCCUUCUGCUAACAAAACCCUUCCUUCAAUCCAAUCUUCCCACUCUUUCCCACCCCCAAAACUCCUCCUUUCCCCCUUCUUGAUCCCCAAUAUCCCAUCUUUCCAUCGAAAAAUGGCGAUACCACCAACUCCCCUCGCCGUCCUCCUCCUCCUCCUUUCCCUUUCCCCCCUUUGCUCGUCUCAAAAAGCCUGCACGUCCGAUACCUUCUCCCAAAACAGACUCUUUGCUUUCUGCGAUUCUCUCCCCGUCCUCUCCUCCAACCUCCACUGGACUUACCACCCGACCAACGCCACCGUCGACGUCGCCUACCGUGCCCCUCAAACUUCCGACGGCUGGAUCGCUUGGGCCCUUAACCCUACCGGAACCGGCAUGGACGGCGCGCAAACUAUCUUCGCCUUCCAUAACUCCAACAACGUGAUGACCACCGUCUCUUCGCCUAUUACUCUUUCUAAUCCGGUUGUGAAGAAUUCCAGCCUUAGCUAUAAGGUUUACAGUAUGGGUUCGGACUUCGUCAACAACGUGAUGACUAUCUAUGCGACGAUUCAGCUUCCGGGAAACAAGACGAGGGUGAAUCAUGUGUGGCAAGCUUCUAAUACCUUCUCUAAUGGACUGCCUGCCGGUCAUCCGACGACUGGGCCGAAUGUUCAGUCGACGGCGACGCUGGAUUUGCUGUCCGGUCAGUCGUCGGCGGCGGCCGGGAACUCCAGGCUGCAUCGCAAGAAUACACAUGGAGUCCUGAAUGCAGUGAGUUGGGGAAUUUUGAUGCCUAUGGGAGCUAUAAUUGCAAGGUACAUGAGAGUGUUCAAGUCUGCCGAUCCUGCAUGGUUUUAUCUCCAUGUGGCUUGCCAGUGCUCGGCAUACAUUGUUGGAGUUGCAGGAUGGGGAACUGGUCUUAAGCUGGGCAGCGACUCCAAGGGAAUCACAUACCACAAGCAUCGCGACAUUGGUAUUGCUCUUUUCAGCCUGGCUACACUUCAGGUAUUUGCAUUGCUUCUGAGGCCAAAAAAGGACCACAAAUACCGCUUAUACUGGAACAUAUACCACCAUGUGAUUGGCUAUACAGUGAUAGUCCUUAGUGUGAUCAACAUCUUCAAGGGAUUCGAUAUCUUAGACCCUGAUCAAAAAUGGAAACAUGCUUACAUCGCAAUUAUCGCAUCACUGGGAGGCAUCGCCGUGAUCCUCGAAAUCUUUACUUGGGGAGUAGUUUUGAAGAGGAAGAAGUCAGGUGGAUCUGAUAAGCCUCACAGUGGUAUUAAUGGAGUUAAUGGCACUAAUGGUUAUGGUGGAAGACAGCAUCAGGUGGUAUAGAAAUUAGAUUCAUAUAAUAUGGAGAGAGUUUUCUCUUGAGGCUUGUUUCCUUUUGUGUGUUCUGUUUGUCAUAUCUUUUUAGUAGCAGGGGUUGGAUAUAUUAUUAAUUUGUUACUUUGUAGUUAGAAAGGGGGGAGAGACAGAGAGAUGGUUGUUGAUAUAGAUGUAAUUCUUAUAUGGUUUUGGCAUCAGGCUUGUCUGUGGAAUUUUGCUUGCCUAUUAUUUUAGUUAGACAGACCUGUUUCUCAUGCAUUUGUUAGCUUUGGAUUUGAAUUA